AUGGCGGACCGGCGAUCGAGCGACAAGCAACGGCGUGGCCCGAACCAUGCGGGGUCCCCGAUUAACUGCCCCAGCGGUUGCAAGCUCCUCCAUGAGCUCGGCGACGACCUUAAUCUGGCGUCCUGCGAAUGCGCCGACGGUUAUUACGAUCGAGACCGUCAGCGCUUCUACUCUGGCAGUGAUGUCCGUGACGGCAAAUCUCCUGAGACCCGUGAUCAAUAUCGGAAGCGCGUCGCAGGAACUAAUGCCGAUCCCAGGGUGAACGGCCAGGGUGAUUAUUUUCUACCAAGAGAUGGGAUCAGAUACGACGUCCUAGAGGAUCUGAAGGGGGCGCUUUUCGGGAAAGACACCCAGAUAUGGGAACAUGAAUUAGUGGGUUUGCGCCCAUUCCUUCUCUAUGACGCCGACUCAUUCGUCUAG